UUGCGCGUGUGUGUGUGUGUGGGUCUGCGCGCGAGGUGCAAAAUAAAAUUCACAAGCGGCAAAAUAAAUGAAUAAAAUUGUAUACACAAAGUGAGCUGCGGCACCAGAAGCAGCAGCAGAAUGUUGUGAAGUUGCGGCGCAAAAAGAAAGCCCGCGAAUAAAACGAGAAGAAAAAAAAAGUGAAUUUAGGGCUGCAACUAGGAAAGUGCGUCGUUUUAUUUUGAAAUCGAUACGAAAAUAAAAAUACACAAAAAGUGGGCCUCGUUCUACAUACAAACAAAUAUACCUACGAAUGUUGUCAUACAUAUGCAUUAAUGUGCAUGUAUAUUUGCAGGCGUGUGAAUGUGUGUGUGCGUGUGCAAAGUGCAACAUAAACAAACGAAAAUGUUUAACAAGAAUGCAAAAAAGAUUCACAAAAUGCAUUAUUAAAAUCGCGUGAAAUAUCACAAAAAGUGUAAAAUGUGACACGGCUAAGGAAUGCAAAUUGAAAGAGAAACUGACAACUACAACAACAACAACGCCACAGCAUCAAAUGCAACGCAGAGAGCAAAGAGCAACAAUAAACAAAACAAUAAAUAAGAAAAAAUGAUAACCUAAAUAAAUAAAAUUGCUAGUCAAAUAGUUUGGAGAAACGAAGAGACGAAAAACGGCGAAUCGAGAAACGCGACGAAUCGGCAAACGGGUCGCGACGAGUGCAUUUUUUGAGUUCCUAGCAAAGAAAGAAAGAAGUAAGGAUAGUAGAAGAAGGGGCUUCCUUGCGUUUGCUACCUCUCUCUUCUCCCACUCUUCAGAUAUCUUUGCCCUCUAUAAAGGCAUCUCUUUCGCGCAGUUAAAGAGCGUCUAAGCAAUUUUUACAAUUGACACUUUGUUGUUAUCUACGCUUUCGCCAGAAGAGCUGCCGCCGCCGCGGCCUGCACAGCAGAAAGCAAAAGAAAGUGCAGCAAAACGAAAGGGAUAAGAAAAAGCAGCAACAACAGCAGCAGCGCCAGAAAAUCGAAACGUGUUUUAAAUUUAUAACAAUAAGUAAGAUAAAUUGUUGUGCUGCCGCUCUCUCGCUCGCCUCACCAACAUCAACAUAAUCAAAAACAACAACAACCACAACAACAACAACAACGAAGAGUCACCAUAGUUUCGACCAGUCGAGCAAAAACCAAAACAACAACCACAACGACGACAACAAAAAGCAUUCCAACUGACGAAGAUAAAUACAAAACACUACAAGUCUGAGAACACAACUGGUGUGUGCAUGUGUGAGAAAUAGAGAGAAACAGAGAGCUAGCGAACGUGCAAGCGAAAGCUGCAAUGAUCACUUAGUGGGCCGGCGCCCCUAAUUAAAUAAUUUAUAAUAAAAGCAGUUUUCUUAAUUUAAUUAAAAUAGCAACAAAGCAAGCAAAACAAUGGAAUCAGCAAUAAUAACAUUUUUCAAUGAAUAUGUUUAUUUACGUAUUCCUGAGGAAAAGCUGCCAAUACCAAUAGCAAAAAUAAAUGAAAGCGAUAGUGCAUGUUUUCCCCUUACAACAACAACAACAAAGCGAGAAAGAAGAAUAUCAAUACUCUUUAAAACGCUAGAGCCCGGCAACAUGUUGCAGAAAUCCAGUUGCAGUGCAACAGCAACAAAAACAACCACAACUGAUACGGUAUUAGAAACAACAAAAACAAGGCCAGAAUCAUUAUCAACAACAACAACAACAACGUAUGGAAACAUUUGUGUUGUAUGCCGACAAGUGUUCGCAACAUCAACAUGUUCCUGUAUUCAGACAGCAACAAGCAGCAGUUCCUAUGCAGACAGCAGCAGCUGUAGCAGCCAGCGCAGAAGCAAAAACAGAAACAGUAGCAGUAGCAGUAGCAGUAACAGCGGCGCAAAAUCCACCACAUUCCCCAGCAAACUGUCGUCGGCGCAACAUUGCCGCUGUCUGCAGCAACAGCAGCAACAUCUGCAGCACCAGCAACAUGCUGUCAGCGUCGCGCGUGUAUGUUGCUGUGCAAAUAGUAGUAGAAGUAGUCGAAAAAGUAGUAGUAGUAGUAAUAGUACAAAUGACAAUAACCAAAAAGUAGCAGCAACAACAGCCAAUUGCCACUGCAACAGCAACAACAAAAACAACAAUAUUAACAGCCACAUCCAUAAAAAGCAACGACUGCAGCAACAUUUUAACAUUUACAGCAAUUGCUUAAGCCUUUUGGCCGCACUGCAAUUGUUAUUUCUGUUUGCGCAAAAACAAAUGCUGAUGCUACAUUGUCGCAAUCUAUUUAAAAGACGCCGAAGACAACAAUUACAGCCACAAAAUCAACAACAGCAGCAGCAGCAACAGCAAAAACUAGCGCAACGAGUACAUCCGAAAUACAGUUAUCAUCAGGAACAACAUCAUCACUGGCGCCACCAAAGGAUAGCGUAUACAAUACUCGCUCUGUUAACACUGCAUGCGACAACAACAAUUGCGCAGCAGCCGCCGCCGCCCACGCAACACGAUCAACAACAGCUGCAGCAGCAUCAGCAGCGAAAUACAUUAACAGCGAGGCGUAGCUUAGAAUACAGUUUGGCCUCUCUGACAGGCCAGGCGCGUAACAUCGGGCCUGGCGUUAACAGCAACAGUAACAUUAACAGAGAUGUACGAUUGGCGCGCAGGGAAAUGCCCUGUAAAUCAAUGGAUGUACGCAACAAUAUUUCGGAACUGAGUCAGCUGGCGAACUGUACGAUCAUCGAGGGUUUUUUGCUCAUAACGCUAAUCAACGAUGCGGAUAAGCUGAAUACAACCUAUCCGCUGCUCACUGAGGUCACUGGAUAUAUAAUCGUUUAUCGUGUACAUAAUCUGAUAUCGUUAUCGCAAAUCUUUCCCAAUUUGAGCGUAAUACGCGGUAAUAUACUCUUCGAGAGCUACGCUUUAAUCGUAUAUCAGAAUCGGGAUCUGAUGGAUAUUGGACUGUCCAAUCUGCGGGCUAUUACCAAUGGGGGCGUCCGCAUCGAGAAGAACUACUAUUUGUGUUUCGUGCAAACGGUCAACUGGCAGAAGAUCUUGUCCAAAAAUGCCACAGAGACGGACGUUGUGCUCAAGUUCAAUCGCAAUGAGGCGGAAUGUGCACGCUGUCCGGGCGAAAUGAAAUUCGACGACUCCCAGGAUAAUACCAUGACGGAUGCCAGCGAUGUGCUCAACUGCAGGGUCCAUCCGGACAACAAGCGCUACUGCUGGAGCAGUCGUGCGUGCCAGACAAUUUGUCCCAAGGAGUGCCCCUACAACUGCAUCGAUGAGAACACCUGCUGCAACGACUCCUGCCUGGGCAGCUGUUCAAAGCCAGUUCUGGGCGAUUGCGUUGCCUGUCGCAAUGUUUCCAUUCAUGGCGGCAAUUGCAUUGAUCAGUGUCCCGAUGGCUACUUUCUGUACGAACAACGUUGUAUUACGGCUGAGAUGUGCGAACAAAUGGGCACCAAAUACGAGAGCAGCAAGGAGAUGAAGCUGGUGCAUUACAAUGGCAAAUGCACGACACGCUGCGAGAAGGGCUAUGCCACUAUGAACAACACCUGCAAGAAAUGCAACGGCACCUGCCAGAAGCUGUGCCAAGGCGGCAUUAUUGACAGUCUGGUGCGAGCUAAGGAGUUCCAUGGCUGCACUGUGAUCGGGAAGGAUGGACUGACCAUAAGCAUCAAGCGCGGUGGACCGCACAUGAUUGAUGCACUGGUGUCCGGUUUGGGCAUGAUCCAUACAAUUAAUUCAUAUCUGAAGGUGCAUUUGACCUAUGGCCUGACCACACUGGACUUUUUUAAGAGCCUGCGCCACAUUAAGGGCGAGACUUUGCUAGAGAGUCGGUAUGCUCUGUACGUGCUGGAAAAUCGGGAUCUGGAGGCAAUUUGGGCCGAAAACCAAACAGUCAGCAUUAGCAAAGGCAGCAUCUUCUUUCAUUUCAAUCCCAAACUUUGCAUUGAGACCAUCGAUAAACUGAGACCCAUGCUGCCCGGCAAACCGGAGAAGUUUAACAAAAACGAGGUGGCCGAGGAUUCGAAUGGCAACAAGGGCACAUGCAAUACGAUAUGGUUGAAAGUAAACAUCGAAAAAAGGGGCAGCACAUUAGUUAAGCUCCAGAUAAACACCACCGUGAUAUUUGAUGACGAUCGUUCCUUCAUUGGUUAUCAGAUCUAUCACACAUUUGAUCCAUACGGUAAUGUCACCAGGGACAAUUAUCAACCCUGCUCGGAUAGCUGGAUUGUGACCGAACCGAGCAAAGAGAAUAAGAGCAUAAUCACCAAUCUGGUGCCCUACACCAAAUAUGCAUUCUAUGUCCGCACCAUGACCAUUUCGUCGGAGAAGCGCAACUAUCAGAGCGACAUCAUACGCUUCCAGACGAUGCCCUCGAAGCCGACGGAUGUGCGCAGGAUCAGUGCACGCUCCACAGACAGCUCGAAAAUUUUGCUGAGCUGGAAACCCCCGCUGACUGUGAAUGGCAAGCUGAUAAAGUAUCAGGUGCGCGCAGAGAUCACACGGCGGGACGUUAAACUGGAGCAUCAUCGUAACUUUUGCCGGGAUCCUUUGCCGAAUAGCUCCAACGACGAGGAGACAUUCUCGUCGCCCGCGGAAAAGACAAUUAUGCAGACGUCAGGGUCUAACUGCAAAUGCGAUGCGGGCGGUCGCAACGUGUUCGAUCAGCAGAUUGUUGAAGAGAAAAUCUUAGAUGAAAUCGAAUUCGAGAAUGCCCUCCAGAACUUUCUGUAUGUAUCGAAGAAGCCAAUUCAGUCUUCAGAGACUGAAUUCGCGAUCAGCGACAACAGCAUCGAUGGCACCGGCUCUUUUGAGAGUCCGAAUGCUGUGCAACGCAGGCGCAGGCGGUACAUUGAAAUGGACGAGUAUGAGCAUGAAGUUGGCAGCGUUCUAAUGCGGCACAUUCGAUCUGUUAAACUGGAUAACUCCAGCAAGUUCGACAGGGUGCGUCCUAACCCAAAUGACACGGCAAACAAUUCUAUGGAGGGCUGGUUGAAUAUGACAGUUAUGGAUGAGAGCGAAUCCUAUUACAAGAUCUUCUCCGCCGAGGUGGAUGCAAACACAACAGAAUUUCAAUUUGAAAAAUUGCGACAUUUCUCCUUCUAUUCGCUGUCGGUGCGCGCAUGCCGGGAGAAAGAGGGCCCCGAAGACUUCAGUGAUCUGUGCAGCGAUGCCGAACCCUGGGAGAAGCGAACCCAAAAGUUGGCUAAUAUGGACAAGGCAUUUAAUUUAACGGGCGAACUUCUGGGCAACCUAAACACCACACGGGGUAAUGUGCGCCUGCGGUGGGAGGAGCCACUGGAUCCGAACGGUGCGAUCGUCUCCUACAUGAUCAUCUACGAACGCCAGGAACGGGAUGCCGUCGAGGAGAAACGAUGCAUAACAGUGCAGGACUAUCUCAAUCAGAGCGGCUACGUUGUGACCAAUCUGAACGAGGGCAAAUACAGCUUCCGCAUAAGGGCCAAUUCACUGGCCGGCGAGGGUGAUCUUACGGACUUUAUCUAUGUUACGGUGCCGCCGCCCGGAUUGUCGCCAUUUGAAUGGGCCGGAUAUGCUCUGAUUGGAAUCAUGGGGAUUAUAAUGUUCUUGUUGAUCUAUUACAAGUUCUUCCGUGUGAAGAAGGGACAUCCGCGAGAUUUGGUCAUCAAUACGGAAGUGAAUCCAUUUUAUGCGAGCCUGCAAUACGUGCCCGAUGAUUGGGAGGUGCCGAGAGAGCGCAUCAUUCAGCUGGGCCCACUGGGCCAGGGCUCCUUCGGCAUGGUCUACGAAGGCAUACUCAAGGCGCAAAACAACGGCGAGGAUAGACCGUGUGCGAUCAAGACAGUGAACGAGAAUGCCACCGAUCGGGAGCGCACCAAUUUCCUGAGCGAAGCCAGCGUGAUGAAAGAGUUCGACACGUACCAUGUGGUCCGGUUGCUGGGCGUCUGUUCGUAUGGACAGCCGGCACUGGUCGUCAUGGAGCUGAUGAAAAAGGGCGAUCUCAAGUCCUAUUUGCGCGCCCAUCGACCCGACGAACGGGAAGAUGUGCUCGCGGUCUAUCAGCAGCGCAUAGGGCUCACCACCGGCACGGGAACAAUAGCGGGUGCAGUGCAGCCGCCACCAUACAGUCGCAUCUACCAAAUGGCCAUCGAAAUAGCCGACGGCAUGGCCUACCUGGCCGCCAAAAAGUUCGUCCAUCGCGAUCUAGCCGCACGCAAUUGCAUGGUUGCCGAAGAUCUGACUGUAAAGAUUGGCGACUUUGGCAUGACCCGUGACAUCUAUGAGACGGACUACUAUCGCAAGGGCACCAAGGGUCUGCUGCCAGUGCGCUGGAUGCCGCCGGAGAGUUUGCGCGACGGCGUCUACGCGAGCUCCAGUGAUGUGUUCAGCUAUGGCGUUGUCCUCUGGGAAAUGGCUACGCUCGCUUCACAGCCCUACCAGGGCCUGUCCAAUGAGCAGGUGCUGCGCUAUGUCAUCGACGGUGGCAUCAUGGAAAGGCCCGAUAAUUGUCCGGAGGUGCUGCACAAGCUGAUGCAUCGCUGCUGGCAUCAUAGGCCCUCAGCGCGACCCUCAUUCCUGGACAUAAUUGCUUAUCUGGAGGGGCUCGCCCAUCCGCACUUCAAGGAGGUGGCCUUCUACUAUACCGAUGCGGGUGUGCAGUACCGCGAAAAGGAGCGCAAGGAGCGCAAUCAAAUAGAUGCCUUUGCGAGCGCUCAUCUAGAUGCCGAUGUGGAUGGCGAAGAUGCCACAACGCCGUUGCGUGUGGGCGAAUAUGAGGGCUAUAAGUCCAACAUGGAGCACAACGAAUCGGUGGAACAGCCAGCUGAGAGUCCCAUUGCUCUAGUCGAUGAUCAGGCGACAACACAUUCACCCUUUAGCCUGCAGUCGGGCUAUAUAGUGAGUAGCACGCCGGAUGCAUCCUGCACGCUGCCCACAGCCGGUGGCUCCCAUUUGGAAGAUGCGGCAUAUGUGCAACCGGAUUCGGAUGCGCCGCUAAAUCAAUACGGCGAACGCGGCUACGAGCUGUACGAUCCGAGUCCAAACUUUGUGGAUAUGGUGCCCAGCAACAGCGGACGGCUGAGUGGUGAGCAGCAUCUGCUCCCAAAAACGAAGCGCAGCGGCGGCGCCAGUAUUAUGCCCAACAUGAGCAGCUCCAUGCCGGACGAAGUGAUUGGUGGCGGCGCCAGCGCCAGCGGCAGCGUUGUGACCAGCGGUGUUGUCUCCUCAUCGCUGCAGCCCUCAACAGCCUCGGCAGCCAGUUCGAAUGCGAGCAGCAGUCGUAAUCCGAGCCUCAAACGUGUCGUCGCGGACACCUUGCGCAAUCGUGUCGGCUACGGGCUGCUCAGUCGCUUCAAUUUGAAGCGCGGCGACAGCAACGACAGCCACAAGAGCAACAUCUCGAAUGCGGCGAGCAGCAGCAGCAACUCAAAUCUAACCAGUCAUCCCGCCGGCAUGGCCAUGGUAUCUAUGGGACCCAAUUUGGGCACCAUCGAGAGCGGUGGCAGCGGUAGCGCGGGCAGCUAUACGGGCACACCGCGUUUCUAUACGCCCACAGCGACCACGCCCAGCGCCGGAGGCAAUGGCAGCACAAUAAUCAUCAGCGACAAUUCCAACUACAAGCUGCUGGAUGAGUCCGGGAACAGUGCGGAUGCAGCAAACUCGUCUUGGCCCCAAAACAAGCUAACCACCAGCAGUCUGAAUCCCAACUAUGAGCUCAUGCAGGCGCCCGUAGCGGAAAUGGCGGCAACACCCUUCAGCAUGAUCAGCGACAAUCCCAACUAUGUUCUGAUGAGCGAGCCAAAGACUGCAACUGGACAGGGUCAGGUCUUUACCAGCGAUAAUCCCAACUAUGCGGCCAUGACGGGCCCAGCGCAGGUCCAGCCCAGCAGCUCGGAUCAAGACGAAAACGACGAUGAGGACGACGCCGAUGAGCACACGGAGCACAUUAAAAUGGAGCGCAUGCCACUCAGUCGGCAGAAGCAGCGUACGCGCAUCAAGCCACAACAGCAGCAACAGCAGCAUCAGCAGCCGCGCAGUCGCAGCGUUAGUCAGACACGCAAAGCAGAGACUUCGGCGCCUACGUCAGCAGCGACAGCAGCAGCAGCAGCUGCGUCGGCCGCUAAAACGUCCAAUAUACUCAAGGAAAAUUGGCUGAGGCAGGCGAGCACGCCAAAGCCACCGCCGCCCAACGGUUUCAUAGGACGCGAAGCGUAGAAGAGCGCAAGUGUCGUGAGAAUUUUGUAAAUACAUACAUGCAUAUGUAUAUGUAGCAAUUAGCAUAAAAUAUGUAGAAAUAUUAAACGGGGUGGGGCCGGGGUACUCAGAGCCUGCAGCUUAUAAUUGCUUUAAACUCGAAUGGUAUAAGAGAGCAAAGCGCAGCAUGAGCAGAGUUUAUGCUAACAUUAAGAAUGCAUGUUAGCAAGCACUCUGCCCUGUUAGUGCUAAUGUUACCCCUAACAUAUGUAAAUAAUGCUUUAAAUUAAGGCCGCCAGCAAACUUUUGCCCACAGCCAAGCCUCCUAACAAUUUAUUAUACACUUAAGCUUAAUUUAUAUAUGUUUUCGUAUUUGUUAAGUAUUUCUUUUAUAAUUUACUAGCGCCGUUUAAACACACACAUACAACAAAAACAACAAAACAAGUCCUAAAUGCAAAUAACAAAAGUACAAAAGCCAACAACAAACCAACCUAAGUACCGUUUACAACUAGACAUAGACACAAUACAUAUGUAUGUGUAUGUAUACGCAUGCAUGCAUGCAUAUGCAUAUAGACCUAACCUAACUUAUGUAUAAUUAAAAUAAUUAUUUUAGCACCUACCUAAAAAGCAAAACACGAAACGAUGCAACAAUGAAGCAAACUAACUGUACAACUACAAAACGAAACACAACAAAAAAAAAACAAAAACAACAACAACAACAACAACAACAAAACAACAGCAACAAUAAGCAAUACAACAAACAAAAUAUCUACACUGAGUUAAUGUCCUUAAAUUAGUUAGUUACUAUUACCAACUUAAACAAAAACUUUAACUAGAAUUUACAUGUACUCAAACAAUUUUUUCAUUUGUUUUUUUUAUAUUAAUGGUAAAUUGUGUUGCAAUUUUUAGUGCUUUUAUGUUUAAGUGUUGUUCGUUUUAUAUACAAAAAAAAAAAAAAAAAAAAAAAGUGAAAAAGCUGUCUGUAAAUGAUACACAAAAAGAGAAACGAAAAAAUAGAGAAACAUUCACUGAUUUUAUGCAUGGCGCUUGGCAAUUGGCAAAAGUUUGUGCUGAGAGAGAAUAAUUUAUAUAUUAUACACAACCAUACACACACACACACACACACACACACACACACACACACACACACACACACACACACACACACACACACAUGGAGGCACGUGGAGCUUUAAAUUGUGUUUGUUUCUUAUCUAAAUUAAUUUCGGUUGAAGCCAAGCUUCAAAUUACGUAAUUCAGAGCUUAAAUAACUGCUGCAUAAUUUACAUAUUUACAUGCUAAACACAUAUUCACAUAAAUAUGUAUGCUAUAUGCAACGCAUUUUAUUGUAACAUAACUGUAGACAAAAGAGCACACACCUACACACACACGCACACACACACACACACGUACACCCACACACAUAGAGUGUAGAUGAUAUUGCCAUAAACUCAAAUUAAGUAGCAAAAGAAAAAAUACAAAACAAAUGAAAGAGAGGAGACUUCGUUUGGAUCAUAGACGAAUUACAAAGUUCAACCUGCAAAUACAUGGAAAAGCAAUAGACGAAUUAUAAACCUAUAUAUAUUUACAUACACACAUACCCACAUACAUAUUUAUAUACGUGUGUAUUUACAUAUGAACUACACUGUUCUGACAGUUUAAUAAAAUUAGAAGAAUAAUAAAAUUAAA